AUGUCAACACUUCUAAGCCAAGCGAUGUACCGACGCAACUCGGACACAGAAAAACCAUUAGAAAUAGACCAGGAAUCGAACCCGGAUCCCUCCCGAUCUAACAGUCCAAAAAACAUGAAGUUCUACAAACAAUUGGACGAAGAAAAAACCGUAUUAAACCAGCAGAAGAAGUCUUUUUGUAUCGACGCUUUACUAUCCAAACAUAUAGAGCCAGAUCAGACUAUACAAGAGAAAAUGGCGCAGCAAAAGUACUUAGCGUUAAUCCAGAACAAGAAUUAUAUCACUAGAUACCAAAAUGAGAAUUAUGACACGCAAAUCGAACAGAAUACGAUAGAGAGGUGUCAAAAUCGACCUAGCAGCACGGGUUUUGAUAGUCCGAGGUCUGGGAGAAGUUCGCCCAGGAGUGUGUCCCCAGGGUCUGAUGAUGGAAACCGGUCUGAGUGCUACAGUCCACCGAUUUCUCCAGGGGUUGAGGGCGGGAGCGAGGAGUACGACAGCUAUAGACCAGGAAUAAUCCCAAAACCUGGACUGCUCCAGCCACCGAUGGUAGCCCAGUCCGCACUAUUCAACUACCCACCUCCCGGGCUACCUAUGCCCCAGGCUUCUGCUUUCCACCACCCUGGAGACAGAGUACUUCAUCAGAUGCAGCUUGAAUGGCUCGCCAGAUCCGGGAUGUUUUACCAUCGGAUACCCGAGCUUGGCGGAGCGCCACAUCCUUUGCUUGGGAAGACCCGGCGUCCGCGCACGGCAUUCACCUCCCAGCAACUGUUGGAACUAGAGAAGCAGUUCCGAAUGAACAAAUACCUGUCCAGGCCCAAGAGGUUCGAAGUCGCCACCAGUCUGAUGCUCACUGAGACACAGGUUAAAAUAUGGUUUCAAAAUAGAAGAAUGAAGUGGAAACGUUCAAAAAAGGCUCAACAGGACACAAAGAGCAAAGAACCUCAUAUCACCCAUUCCAGCGACGAGAAAAAGCCCAAAGACAUACCGGUGCCUGACCACGAUAAACAACCUACCCAGCAAAACAUGGCGGCGGAUCUGACAUCUGUUAAACCAGCCCCGCUGUUGGACAGGGAUCGAAUUAUCGCACUAGAAAGAGAAAGAGCUAUGGCGGCGGCAAACUUUAAUUCAAAUUUGGAAAACAAUCGACGCGGAUUGAUCAUGGGCCAAGAUGGCCGAUCAGAUAUGUUCAGGCCGUAUGUAGUAUGA